AUGACUCAGUCAGUUUUCAUUCAAGUAGGUCAGUGUGGUAAUCAAAUAGGUCACCGAUUCUGGGACUUAGCUCUUGCAGAACACGAGAUUGCCAAUAAAGGAUGCCUGCACGAUAGCUCACUUAAUUCGUUUUUUAUGAACGGAACGAAUAACAAAAAUGGUAUCCUGCCUAAAAUUUCUGGCCUCAAAGCUAGAGCUUUGCUUGUAGAUAUGGAAGAAGGCGUUGUCAAUGAGAUGUUAAAGGGACCAUUGAAAAAUAUUUACGAUUCCAGUUACCUGAUCACUGAUGUAUCAGGUUCCGGAAACAACUGGGCAGUGGGAAACUUGUAUUACGGCCGAGUACACCAAGAUGCGUUGUGUGAAGCUCUAAGGAAGUCUGUAGAACUUUGUGAUUUUCUGCAGUGCUUUUUUGUCCUCCAUUCAAUGGGCGGAGGUACUGGCUCUGGAGUUGGUACUCAUAUCUUGAAGAUUUUAGCUGACGAUUAUCCUGAUGUAUAUAAAAUGGACAUUGCUGUGUUUCCUUCAACGGAUGAUGACGUUGUCACUUCUCCGUAUAACACAGUUUUGGCUCUUGAUCAGACCACUGAAUUCGCUGACUGUGUGUUGCCUAUUGAUAAUAUAGCUCUCUCAAAUAUAAUCGAUAAAGUUAAAAAUGUUCAUUGCAACUCUAAAGGAAAUGUGAAUGAGAGUACAGGUUCAGCAAUUUGUCCAAAACAUAUCAAACCAUCAAAACCUUUCGAUGACAUGAACAAUAUUGUGGCUAAUAUGCUAUUAAAUCUCACAAGCUCUUCUCGAUUUGAAGGUACCAUGAAUGUUGAUUUAAAUGAAAUCAGUAUGAACUUAGUUCCGUUUCCUCACUUACAUUACCUGAUUGCUUCACAAAGCCCUUUAUCAACCAUCUCUCGCAUAUCAGCUCCUAGAAAGCUCGACCAAGUAUUUUCAGAUACAUUUACCAGAGAUUAUCAGUUAAUGUCUACUGAUCCUUGUAGACAUGUUUAUCUAGCAGCUGCUCUACUUGUUCGUGGUGCAAUUAGUGCAUCAGAUCUCCGUCGAAAUAUUGACAAACUUCGAUCUCGCUUAAAUUUUGUUCCAUGGAACCGAGAAGGUUGGAAAGUUGGACAUUGUUUAGUUCCACCAGUGGAUCAUAAAUACUGUCUAUUAGCUCUAGCUAAUAACACUUCUAUUCAUGAAUCAUUCACUUUUAUUUUGGAACGAUUCUAUAAACUAUAUAGAAAAAAGGCACAUUUACACCAUUAUACAACUGUCGACGGUUUCGAUACUGGCAUGUUUGAUUCAAGCGCUAAUUCACUUCAGGAAUUAAUAAUUCAAUAUACAGAUUUUGAAAGACAGGCUAAUGGACAAGCACUACCGAAUUUACCACAGUUAGAGAUUAUGGAUUGA